AUGCAGAGCUACGAGAGAUAUGUAUGCAUGAGGGGACAACGGUACGGAGAUCUAGUAGACGGAUGGGAACGACAGAAAAUCUACGUUGACACUACAACUAUGCUCAUAUUCAUCCGUGCUUUGGCCGGAACUGUGAUUCGUUUAAAUGUGAGCCAUUAUGAAACCGUGGAGAUGGUAAAAACAAGAAUUUCACAACAAAAGGUCCAUCAUGCGGGUGGUGGUGGUGGUGGUGGUGGUGGUGGUGGUAGUGGCAUCCCUGUGAAUCAGCAGCAUUUGAUUUUUGAUGGAGUAGAACUACAAAACACAACCGUAUUGGCUACCGUGAAGAUUAGUCACGGAGCCCUUCUACGCCUUGUACUCGGUGUACAAUCUGGUCCGUUAAAUCGUGAAACAACACCGCACACCAUGGGUAGUGCACAACCGUGCCAUCAUCAUCGAUCAUUGCUAUCUACACGUCACACUAUCUGUCCGCUCACUGUGCCCGUGGCCCAGGUGCAUCGAAUUCCCACUCCAGCUAUGGUCCUCCCGGUUCUGUGCACACCCAAUCGGGUCCCCUCCGGUCAUCCGCAGUACAAACAUCCAUAUCAUCCGCAAAUUCAAUAUCUGACCACGGGUCAAAUGUCUACUACCUAUCCAAGCAAUUAUUUACCCGUUUACCCGACCAAAACGGAUUGGGAUGAACCGGUAUCAUACUCGACCACCGAGUUCGUCAUGGAUGAUGAGACAAUGGGGUCUAGUGAUGAUGCAACUAGUGAACUGGCUGAGUAUCUGGGCUACGCAAUCGAUGAAGACGAGCUGAGUUACGAACACGAGGAAAGGAGUACCGUUACGAAUGGAAUUCCAAUUCCGAGAUCAAUACUCGAGAAUCGAUACGAAUGUACUGAUCCGGAAGACGACGAGGACCGUUUGAGUCCAGAUAUGACCUCCUACUCCUCACCAUCUGUAUCAUCAUCUUUGUCAUCGUCCCCUUCCGAAUGCGGAUUUGUCCCGGUCUAUCCUAUUGCAUCGCAGGUCCAGUGGAUUGUCAGUUCCACCGAUGUAAGUUGUGAUUCUCCUCGCAGUUUGGGCGACCAACUGAUGCAUAUCCCGAUACCGUAA